CGUCAUCCUGACAGUUUGGUGUCGUCCGCGGUGACUGAGUCGAAGUUUUACGAGUUUCUCCGUGACUUCCUAACGGUGCUGUGUAAAACCAGGGUUUUUUGUCAGUACUCGUUGAAUCGUAUUCGUUGACAUUGUGUGUCAGGGGUCGUGUUGAGCUGCGGGGAGAACUUUUAUUCUUUUACCAGCCGUUUUUUAACGGAACCACUUAACGGAGACACGGAGUUCCCGAGCGGCUAACCGUACGUAGCAGUUAGCGUUAGUGGUUUAACUUUAACACUGAGCGGACGGGGAAGCUAACGUAUCUCACUGUUAUCUGACUGUGACAGAGCCGAAACCUUUAACCACUCUUUGUGUUGUUAUUCGGCUUCUUUUUUGGGAGCUUUCUGGGAUAAUCUGACCGAACCUCAGUGGUCAAAAACUUCGAAACUUUGAGUCCAACUUUAACGAAAAUGGAGCCUGAAAGAAGCAGCUAACAGUUAGAUAGCGGGGAGGAAGAGCCCUGGGGGAGCCAUAAAAGUUUAUUUGCUGCUCUUUAAAAAGUAUUCUCAUAGUAGCCGAUUGAACCGGCACACCUGUUAGACUUUAAUCAUUUUUUCCGGAGGUGAACCACUUGGUCAGGAUGCCCGGAGACACCACCGUCAACUUUAAUCUCCUCCACCGGACUUGUAAACUGGUGGUGCUGCUGUGUUUCCUCCACAUCUCUGUUACUGUCGUCUUUUACGUCCGCUCUCUGGACCUGCGGUUCGCCUUCGUCCAGAACCAGCAGUCCCAUAAUAAUCCCACACAGCUAAACCAGCCCAGAAACCCCGGGUUCACCUCCAGAGCUGAACCAAAGGACACCGAGACCAGCAAAGGCGCAGCCGUGGAUUUCCAGGUGGAGGAACAGAAAGACGAGCCGAAGCUCCCGGACAAUCCGCCGGAGAAGGAGAAGGUAGAGGAACCGGUGAAGAAGCUGGAGAAAUGCCCAGAAACGUCACCUCUGUUGGUGGGUCCUCUGCGGGUGGAGUUCAGCACUCCGGUGAAUCUGGAGCAGGUGAAGAGGGACAACCCCAACCUGCAGCCGGGCGGGCGCUUCAAACCAAAAGACUGUGAGGCGCAGCAGAAAGUCGCCAUCAUCAUCCCCUUCCGCAAACGGGACGAACACCUCAAGUACUGGCUGUACUACCUGCACCCGAUCCUGCAGCGGCAGCAGCUCGACUACGGAGUCUACGUCAUCAACCAGGACGGAGAUGUGAUCUUUAACCGAGCCAAGCUGCUGAACGUGGGCUACGCAGAGGCUCUGAAGGAGUACGACUACGAGUGUUUCGUCUUCAGCGACGUGGACCUGAUCCCCAUGGACGACCGGAACACCUACAAGUGUUUCAGUCAGCCUCGACACCUGUCUGUGUCCAUGGACAAGUUCGGCUUCAGGUUACCUUAUAAUCAGUACUUUGGGGGCGUUUCCUCGAUGAGCAAAGAACAGUAUCUGAAGAUAAACGGCUUCCCCAACAACUACUGGGGCUGGGGAGGAGAGGACGACGACAUCUACAACAGGUUGGCGUCUAAAGGCAUGUCCAUCUCCAGACCGAACGGCGAGGUGGGAAAAUGUCGGAUGAUCCGACACGAGAGAGACAAACAGAACGAGCCGAACCCUCAGAGGUUCGACCGAAUCGCUCACACCAGGGAGACGAUGCACAGAGACGGGAUCAACUCUCUGUCCUACAAGGUGGUGAAAGUAGAAAAGUUUGACCUGUUCACUAAAAUCACAGUGGACGUGGGGAAGCCCUGACGAGGAGCAGCAGGAGGUCAUGUGACCGGACGAGGAGACUGAUGCAGUAAAAACCAAACCUCUGACACUUGAAUCUUUCAGUCCUGGUCUGGACGAUCGGACGUGCUGGACUUCUGCUGUUUUCUUUUAUUCUUCUUGUUUUUGCACAAACAGACAGACUGGAGGUUUGUGUUGUUGUUGUUGUUGUUGUUGUUGUUGUUGUUCUCUCACGGGGGCCUCAAGGACUCGUCUCUGAUUGGACGCUGACUGCAACCAACCGGCUGGCUCCGUCUGUCGGUCAGAUGCCACCGCUGUGACACAUCCUGAACGAGUCUUUUAUUUUGAAAAUCAUUCAGACAAUCAGAGCAGCCACGGUCGGGGCUGCUGGGUCACAUGGGUCCAGGCUUUUUACUGCUGGGGGAUUAUGGUUAUUGAGAACAGUGAGUUUAGAUCUGGUCUGAUCCUGGUUCUGGUUCUGGUCUGACUUCUCAAAUGGUGAAUCUGUGGAACCAGUUUCACCUCAGAACCAGAUCUAAACUCCCAGUCUGAUAAUGUGUGUGUCUAUGUGUGUGUUUAUGUAUAUAUGUGUGUGUGUGUUUCAGUUCCAGGUGGAUGUCGACUUUAAAAGUUAUCGAUAAUCAGGUUAUUGAUCAGUGAUAAAUGUUUCUGUGGCCCCAAAGUUCAUUUGAAUGAGACCAGUUUGUUUUGUUUGUGAAUCCAGAUCAGCUUUGAACCAAACUGUAACCAGAGCCCAAAAAACAGUCAUCAGUUUGAAGCUGCUGCUAUUGAUCAUUGUCAUUAGUCAUUGAUCUGCUGAAAAUGUUCUCAGUUAAUUGAUCGACAGGUUUAGUUUGUCAGAAAAUCCUCCGUUUACUGAACUAAAAUCAUCUCACGACCACAGCGAUUAAUCGUCUGUCAGAGUAGCUGCUGAUUCACAUCAGCUGAGUGAUUAAUCAUUGCAGCUCUAAAUCUAGUUUUGAUUGAUUGUUUGAUUGAUUGAUUGAUUGAUUGAUUGUAUCUCUAAGUGUCCUUAUGAGAGCUGUUGGUACCAAAGACUUUAUUUAACAUGAAUGUGAUCACCUGACAGCUGUGUGUGUUUGUGUCAUAAUUGAUGACAGAUAUUGAUCCAGUCAGUGUAAUUAAACAAUCACUGUGUGUGUGCGCGCGCGCAUGUGUGUGUGUUAUCUUUGAGAUAAAAAUCUGAACAGAUUCUAACUUGAGCAUAAUUCCUACUUUGAUAGAGCACAUCUGAGGGAAGGACUGAGGGGACAAACCGCUAGAGGGCAGUAGUGAUACUUUGGCUUUACUGUGGUCGGUGAUGCAAACAGGUUCCUGCCUGUGUAACCAAACUUUCCCCUUCAGCUGCUUGUUAGUGAGCCAACUCAAGGCCGUGGGAUGCUGCAGCACCCCCUGCUGGAACAGGCAGAAAUCACAGCACUCUGCCAGAUGCAAUAAAUAAAUCUGUUAAAACAUUUUGAAUAA